UAGACUAAAUUUCUUGAAUUUGUUUACAGGAGGUGUAUUAUACCACUGACGUGGUGUCAUUUGAAGAACAACAAUGAACAUGGAAAUGGAGCCUCCUUCUAACCUAGAUUCGGAUUUGGUGACUCGUUCACUCAACUUUCAUGGACAACUUUUGCAGAAAGCGUGGGAGGCCGAGCGGGGAGAAGGGGAUCUGCAGAAACAUAAUGUUAACAAUCUAGAUUUUGGAAUCUACUCUCAACGUCAGAAACAUUUGAGUUUUCAAGACCGAGGAAAACGGCUGAAGCUGCAUCAGUUCAUCAGCAAACGAGCCAAUGUGUUGUUUGAUACUUCUCUCAUUGAAAAGGACAAGGCAAGCCCACCAGCCUCGGAACCUGGACAUUACGCUCUCUUGCCAGCUUUCGAGACCUUCCUUAAUCUUGACAAGACAAGCAGAACUCAACAUUUUCUACAGUGUUUGAGGCCAAAAGAUGUGAUCAUCUCCAGUAUCACCCACAAGGCCAAUUCUGGACUUUCGCUGAAGGUCUUAUGUUUAGAUGGUGAAUGUGCUCGCUCAGUUUCUGAUCUCAAUAUUAAAGCAUUCUGCCCAACAUCGAAUCUGAUCUCUGCUGUAGACAAGAAGAACAUUCCUCGUACAUUCAUGCUGAACGACCUUGUGUGUUGCGAGGUUCUGGAAGUGAUACCUGACUCUGAGAAGAUUAUUUGUGGCAUGAAGGGUGUGCAUGCAUCUGACCAUAAGGCUCGGCUUGGUCUCUUCCAUUCCGAUGAGUUUCCUGAAGUUUACAAGUUGUCCCAGGAAUCAAAGAACGAACCUUACGAAGAGAUGUUGGAGAAGACUGUGGGGUUCCACAACCCGAGCAAUGUGACCUGUUUGGCUUCAGUAAUGGGACUGGGCAACUUGCAUCACACCAAUAUAGUUUCACUCAAAGGGCGAUUCCCAGAAGCGGAGUACGCAAGUGAGUUGCGCAGUGUGCAAGCGGCCAAGUGGGCAUUCCGCAGUGUGGCCGAUGGAAUUGAACACUUCAAGGCUGGUCGUGUCACUGAGGCCUUCCAAUGUCUCAACAAGGCGUUGAGCAUUGAUGCAAGCAACAUCGAGGGUCUGGUAGCUCGUGGGGCUCUGUUUGCAAACAGCGGAAGUUUUAAGAAAGCUAUUGAAGACUUUGAGUGUGCCCUGAAAUUGAACCACAGUCACCAAAAUGCAAGAAAGUACAUGGGAGAAACUCUUGUGGCAUAUGGAAGAAGCUUCGAGGACCAGAACCAGAUGGAAGAGGCGCUGAAAUGCUAUGAGAAGUGUCUUGAAGUGGUGCCAUAUCACGAGGAGGCCCACAACUCCAUAGAGUUCAUCAAGGCCAAGUUAGCCAAUGGUUCUGUGUCACUGACUGAUGGACUGGUGACCGGACUGGCUACCACCAAGGCACAAGGCGUCAAGGACACACUGAAACAUCUGCUGGGCACAGAGCCGCAGACCAAGGAUGAUGUCACGGGGAGCACCAAGAAGAAGAAGAAGGAGAAAAAAGCCAAGAAACACAAAAGGCAUUCCUCCUCCAGUAGCAGUUCCUCUUCCUCUGGUAGUUCCAGCUCUUCUUCUUCAUCCUCAUCCUCAGACUCCAGUUCUGCUUCAUCCAAUGAUUCUCAUCGCAAGAAGAAGCACAAGAGCAGGAAGAGUGAGCCCAAAGAGAAGUCCCUGUCUCCUCUCAGCAAACGCAUGGCCAUCAUGGACACAUCAGCUGCUGAGACUGAUGGUGCACGAGGAUCACACUACAACCCUCCUGCAAUGCCGUAUUCGUUUUCUUUGCAAGAUCGUCACCAUUCUGUACAACUUCAGCAUCUUCUGGAAGUUGUACUUCCAGGAUUCCAUCAUAAAGGAGAUUCCUCAGCCCUGGAACCUACUGGAAACCACAUGUCAUUACCACCUCCAAUUCCAAAUCCUCCGUCCUUGUCCACCUGUUCUUCAGCUGAACAAACAACAUCUGUGGCUUCUGCGUAUCCUGCAUCGGCCAAGUCCGACAAGGAGUCUGAGUAUGAGCAGAGGGUGUGCAAGUUCCUGGAGCAAACCAAGGGGGACUCCGACUAUGAGGAGAAAGUCCGCAAGUUCCUAGAUGAAACUGCCAAAUGGAAGAAAGAACGUAAAGCAAUGGAAGAGAAAGCUAAAAAGAAGCGCAAGAAGAAGGAGAAGAAAGCUCGUAGUAAGAAAAAUGAAACCAGUUUGGGAAAUAUUGUACUUAAAACAUUAACCACAACUGUGAUAGUAAAAAGCGGCCAAGAGAAAGAGAAAGACAUAUGUGUGUGUAAAAAUGAACGUGUUGUCAUCAACAACCUGAGGACCACGGUGGAGGGGCUUGAGGCCGAGCUGCGGAAUCUGAGGGAGACAGGGUGCGGCCAGUGUGGAGGGCAGAAUGGUGUCUGGAUCAACGGUGACAGCAAUGGAAGUGAUAUUGCUGACCUCGUUCGAGGCAUGGUGACCGGAGGUAAAACAGUAGAAGGAGCCCGUAGGUCGGGAGCAAAGCUGCAGGCCGUGAAUUCUGACGUUACCCCUCCAACUGGCAAUUGCUAUGUUCUCAUAGCGGGAACCAACGAUCUUGCAGCUCUACUGCUGAACAAUAUUUAUAGACAUCUGGAGCUCUGCAUCACUGCCAAGCUGACAACUGCUAAGGUGAUUGUCUCAACUCUGCCCCACCAACACGACCUGUCAACUAAUUAUCCAAUAAAUAAGGAGACGGCACUAGUCAACGCUUAUAUUGAUAAGAACUGUGCGCUAGGCAUAGUGGGCAGGAAUUCAUCAAUUAAAAAUGGAGAGUGUGAACAGCUCUCUGUACCUCCAUAUUCUCCGUCUCAGCGGAGCUCAGGGCCGGACCCUCCGACAUGUUGGGUCAGGCCCCAUACACAGAAGGAAAUGAAAUCAGAAGUACACUAA